AACACUCUACAGGCUGCAGCCCAGAUGUGCCAACUCGGCAAGCUGGAGAAGGCUGGAAAGCUGUUCGAGCACGCACUGGCACUCAGCCCUCGCCAUCCAGAUGUGCUGACUGAGUAUGGUGAGUUCCUGGAGCUCUCAGACGUGACGCGCGCCAACCAUCUGUACACGCGUGCCCUCAUCUUCGCGCCGGGCCACCGGCGGGCGCUGCAGAACCGACAGCGGACGCAGCCGCUGGUGGAGCAAAGCGACCUGGAGCUGCUGCGGCGCAUCGAUCGCAAGCUGCUGAGGCUGGCGAAGGUGCCAGACAGCAGCUCGGCACUGCGCCGCGUCAAAAAGGAAGCCUACUUUCAGCAAAUCCACCACACGGUGGGAAUCGAGGGCAAUACGAUGACGCUGGCCGAGACGCGCAUGGUCGUUGAGACGCGCAUGGCUGUGGGCGGCCGCAGCGUCAUGGAGCACAACGAAAUCUUGGGACUGGACGCUGCCAUCAAGUACAUCAACACGACUCUGGUGCACCGGAUCGGCGACAUCACGCUGGAUGACCUGCUGCAGAUCCACCGGCGCGUGAUGGGUCACGCCGACCCGUUGGCGGCCGGACAGUUGCGCACGACGCAGGUGUACGUCAGCGAACACGUGCCGCCGCCACCCACACGCAUCACGCCCCUGCUGGAGGGCUUCAUCCAGUGGCUGAACGCGCCGGAGACGGUGGCGCUGCACCCGGUUAAGUACGCGGCGCUGGCGCACUACAAGCUCGUCUUCAUUCACCCGUUCUCGGACGGCAACGGACGCACGUCGCGGCUGCUGAUGAACCUGAUCCUGAUGCAGGCCGGCUUCCCGCCGGUCAUCAUCCGCAAGCAAGACCGUCACAUCUACUACCGCUGCUUGCAGCUGGCCAACGAGGGCGACGUGCGGCCGUUUGUGCGCUUCAUCGCCGAGUGCGCCGAGAAGACGCUCGACGUCUGUUGGGCGACCAGCGAGUACGUGCACAAGAUCGCGGCGUCGGAGGCCGAACGCCAGGCGGCCGCACGCCGCGCCGACGCCGAAGACGCGUUCGUGCGCAACUUCAGCGGCGACGACCUGGUGGGGUUCGGCGCGCCGGUCGCCCACCGCGAGCCGGGCGACACGACGGGGUACUUCAGCGAAGAGGAGGCGGACAGGACUAUACAUACACCGGAAGAUGGGAGCGAGCAUGUCAUCAGUGUAGAGGAGGUGGACAGGUUGGUUCCGGUGCCGGGUGAGCGCAGUGCUAAGGACGUGGCAGAGGCGGGCAACCGGACGUCUCAGGCGCGACUCGGCCGGACUGCUGGCGUUAGCGUGGAAGGAGUGGAGCAAGCCAGACAUUAUCUGGAAGGCCAGGGUGAUGAUGCGGUUGGUGCAGAUGGCGAGCGUAGGCCAAAGCACGUAUUGGACGGGGAGUGCAAUCGGUUUAUUGGCGUAGAAGAGGUAGAGAGAUCGAACCAGGUGCGGAAAAACGAAAUCGAUCGUGACAUAGAUGUAGAAGACGUGGACAGAUGA